AUGGUUUGGCGGGCAACCAAUCCUAAUGCUAGAGGUUUUCCUGUUGACAUGGGUUUUGCUAACUUGUGUAUCGCGAAAACCACAAAGAAAAAAUGUGAACUUGCUUUGGAAGGAGCAGAUUCCCAAGAACACUCAGAUAAGAUCGCAAUGCUUGUGGAUGAUGAAGAGCUGGAGCUGAGAGAAUUACAAGGAAGCCCAAAUGCACUGGGGUUCUCUGAUCAUUUUACUACUAAUGGAUAUCAUGCCUGUUCACUUUGCAAAGAUUUGCUGGCCAAGUUUCCUCCAAAUUCUGUGAAGAUGAAGUAG